GCACCAACAGGGAGACGGCAGCCGAGGCGUACUCACUUAUUAAAACCCUUUCUGAUAAAUCUUCCUCCGCUGGCGUUGGAAUACCUGCUAUGGCGUGUUUCGGCGUGCUAAAAGGAUCCUGAAGAAACACGUGAUGCUGUGCAGCGUCACACAAAAGGGAGGAAGACGGAACCAGCGGGCGCCGAGACCGAAUGGCUUCGCCGGUGCUGUCUUUAAAACGGGACGGUGAUAAGCUGCCACAUUCUCCCGCCGUCCUUGAACGCCUCGCCGCUGUGCUGCACGUCCGCAAGCAGAGCGAAUCAACAGGAGGGGGGUCGCUGGGGGACGGCGGCUGUAACCCGGCCCGUAGCUGCCAUGACCGUUGUCAUUCGGCUACGAGACGCGCGGAGGUCAAACUGCGUACUCUCGGGGAGGAGAAAGUGCGCGUUUGCUGCGAUGAGGAAUUGGAGACAUCUUUCACCUACAUAGAUGAGAACGUCAAUCUAGCAAUCGGCAGCCCGGACACCAGCUGCAAAAGUUCUCAAAGAAACGCGCGCAACUGCGAGCCGUGCUCAGAGACGGCACCAGAAUUUUCUUUCAUGUCUGAGGAUGAUCUCUCAUUUGGGGAGGCCUCGGGGUCCUCAGUGGACUACUGGUUUAUAAGCGCAGUCACGUUUUUGGUGACUGGUAUCUCCUUGGUGAUCAUCUCCUACGCAGUACCCCGGGAUGUGGUCGUGGACAAGGACAGUGUCUCGGCCAGGGAGAUGGAGAAACUGGAACUCGAGAGUGCGCGCAUUGGAGGUCACCUGGACAGAUGUGUCAUAGCAGGACUGUGCUUGUUGACUCUGGGUGGGGUUGUGCUUUCCACUCUGCUCAUGAUCUCCAUGUGGAAAGGAGAGAUGUACAGGAGGAAAGUCAUUGCUUAUUCCAAACGAUCCGCCAAACUCUACGGUUCCAUCAGUCUGAAAACUAAAUCCAGUCCCAGUCACUCCUCUGCACACUUGUCCCUGGAGGAUAUAGUGGAAAGCUUGAACUAACAGUGCACAGUUUUCUGUCAAAUGGUGGGCUUUAUACAGUUUAAAUGGUCAACAAUUAUUUACAGUUGCGUGUAUUUGACGUGCAAAUCUGCAAUGUUUUGGUUUAUGUUGUACAUGCUCAGAAAAAAAUGUCAUCGUUAUAUGCUUAUCUUUUUUUCCGCCGCUCUUUGGACCAUGGGUGAGUUGAUGUCUAGCCCAGUUGAAUUUGGACAAGUCAUCAUCCCAUCCCAGUUAUUUAGUGUAAAUGAAUGAUGUGAAUUCUCAUGCAGUUUCCAAUGGGCACAGCGCUGUGAUGCCAUAUUGUGCUUUCACGUUCAAGUAUAAAUACUUAGAUAAUUAAACUAAUUUGUUUUCACUUAUAAACACACACAUAAAUAUUUAAAUACUCCUGCAAUGAGAAGUCACACAGAUAAUGGAUUAGAUAACGGCAUUUGGACAAUGUCAGUGUUUACAUUUUUUUUUAAACCUUCAUACUUACCGUAAUUUUCGCACUAUAAGGCGCACCUGACUAUAAGCCGCCACCCAACAAAUUUGACACGAAAACCACAUUUGUUCAUAGAUAAGCCGGACUGGACUAUAAGCCGCAGCUGUCCUCGCUCUAGAUAUAUAAAGAUAUCUAAUAUAAAGAUAUUAACCGGUAGCACUUUAUUUGACAGCGGCAUCAAACGACUAUCAUAAGACCAAAUGAACCACCAUGAAACUUUGAACCAAUUGGCUGCAAAGCUUCAUUGCUUCAAGAAGCCUCAUUUGGCCAUCACUGAUCCCAUGGGUGAGUCACUCAACCUCUGCUGCCACUUGCUGUCAACAUUGCUGCUGUCCAAAAUGCCUGUCCUAGCAUGCAUUGCAGUGCUACAGAUGUAAAUAACAAUCAAAAGUUAUGCUCUGUGUUAAUUAUUUCUUCACUUACUGUUCCAGUUGUUUCAUUAAUUGCUAGUUAUGGUAUUUGGUAACACUUUAUUUGACAGUGGCGCCAUAAGACUGUCAUUAGACAAUCAUAAUCAUGGCAUGAGACUGUCAUGACCAUUAAUGAAUGGUUAUAACAGAUGUUAUUUAGUGUUAUCAGGCAACUUAUCUCUCUUUUGAAUGGAUGUAAAAGAUCCGAGCUGGACAUAAAGGAAGUUAGUGACCUAAUUUGUCGGAUGGCACUUAAUGACAUUUGUCAUUAGCAUUCAGUAAUGCCCAUGAUAGUGUCAUGUCAUAAUUAUGAUGGUCUUUUGAUGCUGCUGUCAAAUAGAGUUUUUCCUAUUAACCCAAAUAAAUCAACAAAUAAGCCGCACUGUGCUAUAAGCCACAUGAUUCAGAACGAAGGAAAAAAGUAGCGACUUAUAGUCCGAAAAUUACGGUGAAUACGAUCUUAGAAGCAUUCAGUUUCUAUACCACUUGUCCUCAUAGGAUGAGCUGAAGCCUAUCCUAGCUUUUUUUGAACCUGUGGCACUGUACAGUAAAGCCUGGACAGGUUGCCAGUCAAUAACAAUGACACGCACAGACAGUUUAGGACAAUUUUCACUAACCAGCUAAACUAUCAUCAUAACAUGUUUUUAGAUUAUGGAAAAAGUCAUUUUAGCUUGAGAAAACACACACUAGUACAGGGAAAAUGGGAAAACACCCCAUUCAAGAUAAAAUUUUGAUUUUGGAAAGUACCCAUUUCCAGUCUCGACACUGUAGAACAUCUUUUCUUGUUCCAUGAAACGCCUUGUAUUAAUUGGACAUUUUUCUGCCAGGUUGGUAUAAAUUUGAAUCAUUAUCCUUAAGUGGUAAAUUAUUUGAUGUCAUAUGUAUUUAUUUUCCUUUAGGGAAAAGAGACAGUGCCAACUGAGGCAUGCCGUUUGUUUGGCCAAUCACACAGUAGGAAUCCACUGCUUAUAAGUGACACACACUGUCACCUAAGCUUACAAUAUUAGGAAGAUGAGCAUGCUCACAACACUCACAGAUACUGGAAUGCAUUUUGGUAUACUGGAAAUCUCAGAGCGCUUUUGUUUAUUAUUAAAGCUAUUCAUUUUUAAUGUGAAGGUUCUCAACCGCAAAAUCAUACACAGACACAUUUCAGGAAGUUGCCAGAGUCCCUAGAGUGGAGGUGUGUCGGGCUUCUAAGAGGUCCACUCUGUGGGAUAUACGGUUCAGUGGUGUGCAUGGUAAUAUCCAGUGACAGUCCCUCUAUGGUGCAGUGCUGAGGUAAGCCAGUAAGCCCAGCUUUGUGCAUCUGAGCCAAAGCUCCAAGUGGCUUUAACUGAGCUCAGCGAUUUGACUGCAUUGGACAGCCCCCGCCAUGCACCGUGCACACUCCUCUGCACUCUCUCUUCAUCCUCUCUUUUCUGUGACUUCUCUUUACUAUCAAGAUCUUACUGGUUUCUGGAGAAGACGCCAUUUUGUUUCGCCCUUAAUCACUGCAAUGCUCCAGCACAGUUUAUAUGCAUUGGAAUAUUGUCUUGGAUGAUAGCAGCCAAAGUACCAUUUGAAAGCUGAUUAGCAUUUUCCUCAAUGGAAUCUCUAGGAUUGCAAUGUAAUGGUAUUAACCAUAAGGAAACACAGAGAAUAAUACUUCCCUGCAAGUAACAUUAAGUUUAUACCUGGUACUAUAAAUGAUUUGUUCUGAAACACCACAAUGUAAUUUUUGAAACAUCACAAACAUGGUAUUCCUUCAGCCACCCUCUGAGAUUGAGAUUGGAAGUCAAUGUUUUAACAAUUUUUUUUAAUGCAAAGAAGAAUGUAUUUUAAUGGUACACAUAUUUCCACUGUUCUACCGAUUAAUGCCGCUGAAGAUGAUUGCAAUCAUGUGUACCAGCAGACAAUAAAGAAUACCACAAGA